AAAACAUUUAGCGGUUGUAAGCUGUAACGAUCUAUGAAUCUGUUGAAUUGUAAGCGUUUACGUAGUCGAGCAGUUUAGCGCACUGGAAGUCACUAUAGAAGUGCGUCCUCAACUAACGAGAAGGUAUCGUCUUACGCGAAGAAAGAAAAUUCGAUCGAGGCGUUGCUAUAGGAAUGAUCAAGAGCUAGAGUGGUGUUGAUCGUAAUAUUGGUUCAAGACACGCUGGUUCAUUGUGACACGGGAUUCAAGGAAUACAUUACAAAAUGAGACUGUUGAUUGUACUGUUUCUGUUAUCGGUGUUGUGUGGUGUUAGAGCCCUUGAACGGGAGCAGGAGGCCGGAGGCGUUGAGGAUGCCUCGGAGCGAACCACACAGAUACCAGUCGUUGACCUUCAACCUAAAGGAGAUAAAAAUGACUCAGAUUCGGACGAAGAUGGUGAUACUUCUGGACUUGCGAAGUGUUCGUCGUAUGUUUGUCGGGUGAAGUGCCAAAUUAACGGCUGUAUCCGUUCGCAAUGCCUCGACGACAAUCGUUGCAGUUGCUAUUGUCCACUUUUUAGAGAUCCGUUUGACCAAUUCUUCAAAUCGAUCCUUACUUCACACCUGGAGCCCGGCCUAACCGUUCGCAGACGACCAACCAUUUUCUUUCCCUCUUUCGGACUUCCAGCCUUUGGUGGCCAAGACGACGAUGGGCUCAUCGAUUUCCGUAAGUUAUUCGAAGAAGCGGCCAAUUCCGGAAGCGGGCAUGCAAAAGUCUAUCGUACAAUGCAGCAGACCUGCCGCCUUCCUGAUGACUGCUCGGCCGCUUGCACGAACUGCACGCAGACCACGUGCGACGAAAAGCUGUGUCGUUGUAGCCAGUGCACUCGUGAAGGCGUCGAAUCUCGCUCGACGAACGUGCUUCAUACAUGCCGCAGUGCACAUAACUGCGCCGAGCACUGCAAGGGCUGCGUGGUCACCUCUUGCCGUUAUGGCGUCUGCGAAUGUAGUCAGUGCUCGGUAGAGACAGAUACACCGACCACUUCCGAAGUUGAGAGCGGUGAAUCCGCCGUGUCGAACACUACCCAGCCAGCUCUAACAACAGUCGCCCCCAACGGUGACGAAGUAACGACGCCCGUUGUCACCACGGAAAUCCUCACGGUCCGAACCAAUGAAACGCUUUCUGCGGCCGAAACUGGCCAUUCGGGCAAGUGCAUACCGAAACGAUGCAACCACUCGUGCUGGGAACGCCAAUGCACGAAAUGGAAAUGCGACGCAGAUCGCUGUGUUUGUGACGGCUGUCCUGAAGAGGUGUCCGUCGUUGUGAAGAACGUCGAAGGCAAACCCGAAAAACUUCAAGAGGACAACAACACCAAAUAUGAAAUUAUAUUCUAGAUUUUGUCAUACCCGAAUUCGAAAUCAUUAAUCCUUCAGAUACUUGAAGGCUAUUCGAAAACUAGAGAUGACUGUCGGGUCAGCAUAUUUGAAAAGGUAGAAUUAAGAAUACUAAUUUGGGUUGACUAGGGAAGUCAGGCAAGAUAGAAGGGACAAGGCAAAAUAUUGAGACCAAGAAUCAGCGCAGAAGGACAGCUGGAAAAUAGAACUCUAUGUUACUAUGCAAAAAUAUAUAAAAGUGAUGGUAUUGGUGUACAUCAAUACUGAUCUCGAAGUUACUUCAGAAAAGUUCUAGUUCUUUUGGUACACACACACACACUCACGUACGUACGAUUCUGAUUGAUAAUCGAAUGAAUAUCAGUCGAAUAAGUCAGUUCUUUUUCACCUUUAAAUAGAUUAAAUGACGUGACCAUGAGGGAUAUACAUAUAUCGAUAAAAUUAAAGAUACAGUUUAUAGAAGAAAAACUAAACUAACAAUACAACAUGUAAGAGCUUAGAAGCCAGACUGUAGCACCCAGCUCCAUGGCGGAAUCAUUGUGUACCAUGUACAUUCAUAAGAAAACAAAGGCGUUGACAAAGGCUACUUUCGCAUAUUUUUCCUUAGAGCACUUUCAAAUACG